AUGCGCAGCAAAGUACCCCCAGGCUCGUCCUCUCCUCGUCCUCACGUGCAGGUGAAUAACUACGGGCGAAUUAACUCGCCCGGCGAUGACAUCCGUGUAGCCAUGGCGAAGAACGUGAGCAAGGUGGGAAGUCCUACCGCGGCCUCCAGUGCGAGUUGUGACGGGGACGACGGAGAAGAAGCGAACGGCGGCGACGCCGAGGAGGAUUGGCCGGAGAACGGCCACGACGACAGCACUUCGGGCGACGAAUUAGGUCCUGCCGACAUCGAGGAGGACGAAUGGUGGAAUCGGCCGAUCAGGAGCGACGACGAGGUGGAAGAGUGGCGGGCUGGAGAUUCGGACAACGACGGAGGUGAAAAUGCGAAUGGUGACAACGCGGAGGCAGCGGCGGAUGCACAGGAAGCGGCGAUGGAUGCGGAUGAGGAGGCUGAAGACGGCGCAACCGCAGUUGCGGAUGCGGAUGCUGUGGUAGAGUCGGACACGGUUGCUGCGGAUGCCGUCUUAUUUGACGGUGAAAGCGGCGACGACGACCCAUGGAGCCUUGGGACAGACGACGACGUUCCGCUACUGAAGCGGAAGCUCCGCCAUCGUCUACAGCCAAAGUCAAAGCGGGCCCGCGUGGUGCUCUCUGACGACGACAGUCCGGGGGAGGAGCGUCGCCCGAAGCUCACCGCUGCGGCGAAGGGAAAAGCCAAGGUCGCGGAAGCUCCUGCUAAGGCCCCUGCUCGUCGAUGCACAAGCAACAAGAAGCGGACAUCCGACGGAGACCCGGGAUCUAGCAAGGGUGCGGCUAAGAAGAAGGCGAAGAAGGCAUCGAAUCCUGACGACAUCGUCGUGAACGAGACUCUGGGCAGCGACGAUGAGUACGUGGCGGCGGCGGGCCCGAUUCCCACGUUCCCUGAGAAAGAAUCGUGGAGCACCACUGAUUUCUCCGCGGACAUGUCCCUCGGGGGGACUACAGGCGAUAACACGCGCCUGCUCGGUCGGGCUCCAAAGGAGGAGGAGGAGGAAGAGGAGGAGGAGGAGGAGGAGGAGGAGGAGGAGGAGGAGGAGGAGGAGGAGGAGGAGGAGGAGGAGGAGGAGGAGGAGGAGGCGAUGCAGGCGGAGGGCGUGCGGGAGGUGGCAGUGGCAACCGGCCUGGAGGUGCUGUACCAGGAGACCCCCAAAUACCGCGGGGAGGCCGUCGAGGCUGACCGCAUGAUCGAGCCUAGGGAGACGGCUAGACAUGCCUGGCGAGUGCCAGACCUGGGUGUAGAGCCUGUUGUUAGUGCAGACGAGGAGGCAGUGACUGAGGGGGGUUAG